AUGCUCUCUGUACUAGUCUGUCUCAUCACCAUGGUCAUAAUUUCGUCAAUCUUAUUUCCAUACUUCAAUGACCCAUACAAACUUCGAGUGUACCCUGGACCAUCCCUCACGAAGUUCACAUCUGGCUGGGCUUCUUGGGUCAUCAGCCACAACCGAUGGUCAGAGACUGUGAAUCUUCUGCAUCAUCAAUACGGCCCUAUCGUUUGCCUCAGCCCCAACAAUGUCUCUAUUGCAGAUCCCUCUGCCUUCGCAAUCAUCUAUGGCCACUCAUCUGGUGCAUUGAAGGCACCCUUCUACGAUACUUUUGCAAAUUUCAGAAGUUGGAACCUAUUCAACACGUGCAACCGUGCAGAGCAUUCGCGCAAACGUCAUGUCGAGGCACACAUGUUCGCGCCCCAGAGCAUCCGGGAGUUGGAGGAAACUGCUCAUGUGCAUUUCCAGGUACUUGUGCGUCAGUGGGAUGCGAUGUGCACACAUGCAGAGAAGGCAGGAAGCGGAAGUGCUGAAGGGGCAGUUGGUACAGUUCCCUGGAAGGUGCAUGACAGCAGAGUCUUUUUCAAUUGCAUGCUUUGUAAGGGUUUAUCGUUGCAUUGCAUUCGACAUCUGCAAACUCGACAAUGCCUACACAGGUCUCGCGUAGCCCAUGUAGGUCUCAUAGGCAUAUUGCCAGCCCCCCAUCUACAGGAGUCCUGUGUAGCAUAG